CCACCACCGACCGACAAUCAAACCUGUCGCCCAACCGACCCAGCAUCGCCGAGCGCCGCCACGAGGCCUGCGAUCACCGAGACGCCAUUCGAGUCGACUCGUUUUCGACUUUGCUUUUCGAUUUUUUCCCCCCCGGGCUAUCUGUCGACCGCCAUCUGGAUUGAUCGAGUUGGAAACUGCAGUUGGGGGAGUUGCACGCGGGCGGAGAGCGCAAGCUUCUGCGACAGUCGCCGGUUUACGCUUGCGACUCGACACGGCGAAAACACUCUUCCCCCUUCGACGAGCGCCCGCUUUCUGACUCCCUCUUGACACCGCUGUCUCGUCAUCAUCGGGCUUCGUCGGCCGAUUAGAAGGAUCGCGUCACAUCCGCUUCAGCGUCGGAGCGUGACACCAUCACCCACCUGCUGUUAGGGAGCGGUGAAAUCUCGUUGUUGUUUGUCAGGAAAGAACCGACGCAGGCAUCCCUUUGUUGUCACCGGACCGCCACUUUUCGGCAGCGGACAAGACAGACAAUCGCUUUCGCGCCAAGGAUCCUGGUCGAUUAUUCAUCGCUGUCUGUCGCCUCAACUCAACUUCGUCAACGACUCCACCAAUUUGCCGUCAUUGAAAAAUGAUGUCUUUUCACCCCCAGACCCCGCAAAGCCCCUCGCAUUUCUCGCCCAGUUCGAGUGAUCAAUCCACAAGCAUGUCAGGUUCCAUAGUUUCCACCACGACGACCUUGCCGACCCCAGCCCACAGCGUGAACGGAAGCUCCCUCGCCAACGACAUGUCGUUCACAGACAUUGUCAUGGGAGAAAACUCCCCCCAGAAGCGCAAGCGUACAUCCGACGAUGUAGGCGAUCGAGAGCAGAAGAAAGUCCACAUCGAGGACCGCAAACUUGGUAUUGACGACCUCCAUUUGGACGUUGGUGAAAAAUACCUCCUUUGCAGAUCUCGUAAGGCUCCCUUCACCUGCACCCAAAAGAAGCAGCAGCAGCAGCAGCAGCGGCGGCGGCGGCGGCAGUGGCAUAUGCGAGAGAAGCGAUCCCGCUCGUUGUGGCUCAUGUUGCCGCAGCGACGGGCAUUAUCUCUCGGUCUGCUUUCCUGUUCUCCUCACCCCGUGCCAGUUGCUGGGUGACCGAUCUUCGGUAUUGUUGUUGCACAUUGAAAAGAGUCUUCGUUAACAUUGACAAUCACAGAGCAUCAACCGCCUCGUCCUCAUCUGUCUGAAGACCUUUUCGAGAUGUAUGGUUUGGCGGAUCUUGCUGCUGAGUAUGCGCGCAUCAAAGACGGCCAGAAGAAUGCGCUCCGCAAGACGUACAAGGGCCACAUCAAGAAGCUGGGAGUGCAAGGUCAUUUUGACUCGGUGAAGACGGAUGAAAAGGACCCUGAGAGGUUAGAGUACCUCAUGGGCUGUCCCCAGGAGGAGUGGAAUGCGCACUUUGUUAGAGGCAAGGAGAUCACCCGGGGAUUAUCGUCAGACAUGAAGAGCAAGAUCUCGAGGGCUGUUACUAUGAGCAGGGGGGCCGUCCCUUCUACGCUUUGGAACAACUCGGUUCUCGGGGAUAUCGCAGCGAGCUCGAUGAAGGCUCAUCUCAAUCAGCCGCCAUCGGCAAGACCCACGGCGCCCAACACCCCUUUGGCUUACGGGGGCCCAGCUAUGCAGCGCGUGAAGCCGCAGACGCCCGGUUUCCAGGACAACCGGCCCAGACGCAACAUCAAGAAGCGAGGCUACGGUGAUUCCAGCUUUGAGGGCUACGGCGAAGGAUUCGAGGACGAUGGCGGGCUGGAAACGGGCUACUCCACCGGCGAGGGUGACAUGGCCUCUGGCCUCAAGCGUCGCAAAAAGGCUCAGCCCGGUACUCAGUCGUAUGCGCAAGCCCGGCAGCAGUCGAGCUAUGGCCAUCAUGGCGUGUCUGGGAUAUGACGCCCUUCGCACGGCAGGAAGAGGAACGAGUACGCCACGCCGCCACCCUUGCGACAGAUACCAACUGUUUUACCGUCGAGAGCCUGCGAGACGUUUACGGAAAGCCACGAGCAAAAUGCCGCAGUGCAUUGCGAAUGGCUUAAACGACCCGCCUGAUCAGUGUUCAGGGUGAUACCUGGGUGACCGGAUGUUAGUGGGACAAAACCGGUACGGAAGACAGGUCAGAUUUUUUUGAGGCUCACACCUAUGGCGAAAGUCUGGGAUAAAGUGGCAUAACGGGCGGUACUCGGGAGGUUGGCUCGGGGAAGUGGUGCGAGUCAUCCUCAUUGGCACACACACACACACAACAGUUACUGGCGGUGUUAAACCUACCAAAGGAUCUGUUGUCUGUUGCUUCGUCUGCGGAAGAAGGGACGUCUGCGGCUGUUUGCUUUUUUUUUUUUUUUUUUUUUUUUCU